AUGAGCGGAGAUUCCCUCGCAAAGAUGCCUGAAUGCGUCACCGGCGAGGGCAGACUGGGACUGCUGAAGGCAUUGAAUCGCGACGAGAUUCUGGAGGUUUUAUCUCAGGGGUUUUGCCAACACUGUGAACCUCUUUUGGAGGAACGAAUUCAAGGUGUUUUGAAUAAGAGAGUGAGCAAAACAUCUGGUUUGUAUUCCUCGGAGAAUGACUCAGAAUCUGUUAUCAAGUCACCUGACCACGAAGCGACCAGGGCCUCAAACGCUAUCCCACCACCUAAUUCAGUGAGCAGCAAACAGCUUGCUCGUACCUCCGCAAAUUCUGAUAUGCUCCUUAAUGAUGGACUUGGUGGAACUUCCUCUGCGAUUGACAAUGGCUUAUCAGAGGAGCAAAAGGAGCAGAUCAGGUUUUCGCAGGUUGGCAGGAAAAAGGAUUUUGUUCACAUGGAGAAGAUCAAUGGGAAAGCGACCAAUGUGCUGAAAGGGCUUGAGCUUCACACUAAGGUCUUCAAUGCUGAGGAGCAGAAGAAAAUUGUACAGUGUGUCUAUAGUCUGCAACGUAUGGGCCAAAAGGGGCAACUUAGAGAACGUACAUACUCUGAACCCAGGAAAUGGAUGCGUGGUAAAGGUCGUGUUACAAUACAAUUCGGCUGUUGUUACAAUUACACAGUGGACAAAAAUGGGAACCCACCAGGUAUCAUGAGAGAUGAAGAAGUUGAUCCCUUGCCCCCAUUGUUCAAGCAAAUGAUCAAGAGGAUGGUCAGGUGGCAUAUUUUGCCUCCAACAUGUGUUCCUAACAGCUGUAUUGUUAACAUUUAUGACGAAAGCGAUUGCAUUCCUCCACAUAUUGACCACCAUGACUUUCUCCGGCCCUUUUGCACCGUGUCAUUCUUGACAGAGAGCAAUAUUCUUUUUGGUUCAAGCUUGAAGAUUGUGAGUCCAGGAGAAUUCUCAGGACCUGUAUCUAUACCUUUGCCUGUUGGAUCUGUGCUCAUUUUGAAUGGUAAUGGAGCCGAUAUUGCUAAGCACUGUGUCCCAGGUGUUCCAGGAAAAAGGAUAUCCAUUACAUUCCGCAGAAUGGAUGAUAGCAAACUUCCAUACAAGUUUUCAUCUGAUCCUGAGUUGCUGGGAAUUAAACCACUGAUCUUUUCUCCUUCAGCAAAGUCAGCUCCACAAGGCCAUCAUCAAAGGCCAGUCAUUCAUUCUUCCUUUGUCAAGGCAGUAGUUCAGCAAAACCAGCAUCAAAAUGACCAACGAGUCAGGGAUAAAGCAGAAGAAUCCGCUAAAACAACGAAGAAUGAUUCCUUCCUUGCAGGAAAGAAUGAUUUUCCUCCACUUGGUAGGGUAAACAAAUCUGGAUCAAGGCAAUGAUUUCUUUUGGAUAGCUUCAUACAACUGGGUUGAGCAGAGUUCUCAUUUAUAUAAAUUUUAGUUGAAGUUAUAUUUUCCUGAUUUCUAUAGAUACUUAGCACAGAUUCAUCCAUUUUUUUGAGGUUGAUAUCAGAAUAAUAUCAUCUAUUAUUUUGAAGAAAUUAAUUGAAAUGAUCA